UCACACUAGCAGAAGAGUGGUAACAGAAGAGGGAAAAGGGAAAAAAUAACCAUAACAAACUGUGCAAUAACAACAAAGAUUAGGAAGAACAACAUGUUUGUGGAAUAAAUUCCUUUGUUUAAUUAUUAACUGACGCUCGUGACGUCGUCUUCGAAGGGGGGAAUGCGACCCCCGAAGUUCCGCACAUAUAUGUACAGAGUUUAAAGGUCAAAUCACUACUCAAUGAAACUGCGCAGACAACAGAAGCGAAAUUUAAAUGCAUAAUAAUACUAUCAUAAAGCUCUGUCAGCUGAUUCACUUGUUUAUGAAAAGGAGACCCCUAUCUGGCUUCAAUUGAGUGGCGCGAUCCGAUAACCUGAAGCUAUAGAGGCUAUAUAGUCGUCACUCCUGCUUUGUUUACAACGCAACGCACAUCGCACAAUGAGGCUCAAAUCGGGAAUAUUUCUGGUGCUGCUACUGACCACAUUUUUGGGUCUGGGCGAAUGCUUCUGGCCUUUUACCAGAAGACACAGUACAAACACUCCUCCUCCACCUCCCCCUCCGCCUCCAGAGCCCAAGCUUUCGCCUGUGAUUUUCGUUCCCGGAGAUGGAGGCUCUCAACUGGACGCCCGACUGAACAAGUCCAACUCUCCUUAUUUCGUGUGCCAGAAGACCCACGAUUGGUACAAUCUCUGGCUCGAUCUGGAGCAGUUGGUUAUUCCCAUGGUCUAUUGCUGGAUAGAUAAUGUUAAGUUGUACUACGACAAGGUCACCAGGACCACUCACAACACGCCUGGUGUGGAGACAAGGAUUCCUGGCUGGGGAAACCCGGAGGUCGUCGAAUGGAUCGAUCCCACCAAGAACAGUGCCGGGGCCUACUUCAAGGACGUGGCCAAUGUGCUGGUGGAUCUGGGCUAUGUUCGCAAGCAGAACAUCCACGGAGCUCCGUACGACUUCCGCAAAGCGCCGAAUGAGAACAAACAAUUUUUCAUCGAUCUCAAGCAACUGGUUGAGGACACCUAUGAGGCCAACAAUCAGUCGGCUGUCACCUUCAUUACGCACAGCAUGGGUAGUUCCAUGACCCUGGUAUUCUUGCAGCAGCAGACCGUCCAGUGGAAGGCCAAAUAUGUGAAGCGAUUGAUCAGUUUGGCGGGAGCUUGGGCGGGCAGCUUUAAGGCGGUGAAAGUGUUUGCCAUGGGCGACGAUCUCGAUUCGUUUGCCCUAAGCGCCAAGAUCCUUAAGGAAGAGCAAAUAACACACCCAUCAACUGCUUGGCUCCUGCCAUCUCCACUCUUUUGGAAGCCUUCCGAGGUUCUGGCCACGACCCCAAGCAGAAACUAUACGAUGGCACAGCUCAAGGAGUUCUUCAACGACAUUGACUAUAUGACCGGCUGGGAAAUGCGCAAGGACACGAUUCGCUAUAGCCAAAACUUUAGUCCACCUGAUGUGGAGCUGCAUUGUCUGUACGGCGAUGGCAUAGACACGGUGGAGCGAUUGCAGUACAAAAAGUCGGAUAUUGCUGGGGAAACGCCCAAGUUGAUUAUGGGCCUGGGCGAUGGAACCGUAAAUCAACGUUCUCUGCGGGCCUGCCAAUAUUGGUCGGGUUACAGUAGCUCGCCUGUAAACACACUGGCCCUACAAGGAGUGGAUCACAUGCAUAUCCUAUCCAAUCCAGACGUCCUCAAAUAUGUUCGCACAGUCAUGCAGCAGCCAUAAUGUCGAGUUUCCUGUUUUAAUAGGUUAAGAGUUUCUUGAUUUCGAAAGCCCAUGCGGUAUCUGUAAAAUCUAACUAUACAAUCAACGCCAAUUCUAAUGUUAAAUAAAUGUACCACGUUAAGUAGCACAAACCUAAA